ACUCCGCUUCAAUGGGUUUAACCAUGAGCCUCUAACCCGUGACGGUCAUGAGGGUUUUCUGCCCCUCUCUGCUCUCCGGCACACCGAGGCAGCAUAUUUGAGGAUUGAAACAACUCGGAGCUCCGAGGAGGCAGUCUUUCUUUUUGUUCUUGUUGAGAAGCCAUCCCAAUCAGAGGAACUAUUCUCUGCAAUCUAAUUAUCCAAUUUGAUUUCUAGCUUGAUGCGGUGCAAUCGUACAGACGGAAUGCCUCGUGGAGACUUCAACAUCUAUUUUGCCAGCAGCAGAGGAGGAUUUGUCAGAGCUGAGGAGGCUGUGGGCAUAGCUCUGCUGGUGGUCAUCCUGGCAGCUCUGCUCAUCCUGGGCUGCUGGUACUUUAAGAAGAGGAGCGGCUACAGAUUAAUCAGGAGCCCCAGAUCGGGGUCACCAGGUGUCACAAGGGGCCAGUACUCAGAGGCAGGACCUUCCGCAGAUAACAAGAUGGCUCUCACCGACUUUGGCAGCUUCCGACCUGCGGUUCCUAACGCUCCUCCAGCCUAUGAAAAGAUUUCCUCGGGCCCAAUGCCUCCUCCCUAUUCCCCCUGAAGGACAGACGUCUGAAGAAGAACGGAAAAUAACGUAGAGAACACUUCCUCUGUUGUCUGAUAACUUCUCCUGUAUAACCUGAUGUCACUGUCUAUAUAGUUCCUAAUGCUUUAUAGUUAAAUAUCCAUUGGUAAAACAAUCUCUCACUUUGUAAAAUCACUCCUGUGUAUGAAGACACAAUGUAUAUAUAUAUUCAAGGUGCUUUCAAUAAACAAUAAAAGAUGA